GAACAACUUCACUAUCCACUGGGCAGCACAUUUAUCCAUUUACUCUUAACUUACCCAACAAUUUGCCUGGUACUUACCACUGUGAAUACGGAUCUAUUUCAUAUAAGCUCGUAGCUGUUGUAGACCGACCAAUGGCCUUAGAUUAUGAAGACCAAGUCAUAUUUGUAGUUGUAGCUCCUGUUGAUCUGAAUCUUCUGAGGAGACCAGAGCUACUGGCGCCCAGUUCAUAUUCCGACGAUAAAACUCUUUGCUGCUGGUGCUGCGCUCAAGGGCCUAUAUCUUUGGAUGUUGACCUACCCAAGAGGACUCUUGUUCCUGGAGAAACUAUAAAUGUCACAGCUCGGUUAACUAAUAUGUCGAAUACUAACGUUGAAGGAGUUGGUUUUGAAAUGAAACAGAGAAUUAUAUGUCUAGUGAAUGAACCAAACAAAGAAGAGAAAGAGAUAGAUAAUAUUCUUGUGGAUGUAAACGAAGUUGGCCUAGGAGCUCACGGAGAGCAUACUUACACUUUUAACGUUAUGUUACCGAUGAACGUUCCCAUUCCAAAUUUUUCGCAGUGCAGGCUUUUCAAAGCCGAAUACGUUUAUAAGAUGGGAGAUUUUGACGUCGAAUUAUUGUAUUUGGAAUUAUUAGAGAACGAGGUCCAAAUUAAUGGCAACAUAAGGAAAAAUAUUUUUGAAGAACUGGACGAUGGAAAAUUUCUAGAAAGAUAUCGCCUGUCCAAAAAAGUAGUAAUAAAAGUUUUAGAAGAAAUUGAGCCUGCAUUAGAAUAUGCAACAGAUAGAAACUUUCCAUUGACUCCUAUCCAACAAUUGUUGAUAGCUCUGAGGUUUUAUGCUACCGGAUCGUUCCAAACAGUUAUGGGUGAUGACGAUUUCCUGGAGUUAUUGGAGCUUUGGAUUGUACCCACAUACCAAUACUAUCACCUGGAGGUAAUAUGGGUGAAAUAUUUAGAAACAGAAAAGGUUACUUUUCAAUAA